AUGGCCAACCAAGAGAUUCGGGAGAACAUGAAGGAGGAAAAAGAAGCAGAGGAGUUGGAAGAAAAGGAAAAAGCUAAGGCAAAAAUGAUGCAUGGCCAAUGGAUGCAGAAGAAUGGCAUGCCCACGAACGAAGAACAGUGGACGGCGUGGUUUCAAUGGAUGAAAUCCGGGAAUUUGGAAGACCAGACAAUUCGGAAUUUCUACCAGGACCUCAUGACACCUCAGCCACAAGCACCGCAACGCCGUUGA